CCACAGAGAAAAAUAUAAAUAGAGUUCGGUGCCCACAAAAAUCACACAAUCAUCAAAGAUGAAGUUCCAGAGCAUUGUUCUUGUGGCUUUAGUAGCAAUCGUGGCAGUACAGGCGGUGCCUUACUUUGGACCUGAACACCAUCAAAGGAUUGAUCGCAGACGUGAACAUCACAACCACCAUGAUUCGUGGAGGCACGCUCCAGAAGAUCACCAUGCGAGGAUAGUGCCAUAUGUAGAGGAAGACCCAUCUUCACCCCCACCACCUCCUAGUGAUGAACCGUCCCAACCAAGUGACGGACCAUCCCCACCACCACCUCCUAGUGACGAACCUAUAGUAAAAGAAGAUCCAUCUUCACCCCCACCACCUCCUAGUGAUGAACCGUCCCCACCAAGUGACGGAUCAUCCCCACCACCACCACCAAGUGACGAACCCAUCGUUAGAGAGGAUCCAUCUUCACCGCCACCACCACCAAGUGACGAACCAAUCGUUAAAGAAGAUCCAUCUUCUCCUCCACCUCCACCAAGUGAUGGACCGUCACCACCACCGCCAAGUGACGAACCUAUCGUUAGAGAGGAUCCAUCUUCUCCCCCACCACCACCAAGUGACGAACCUAUCGUUAGAGAGGAUCCAUCUUCACCGCCACCACCACCAAGCGGCGAGCCAUCCCCGCCAAGUGACGAACCAAUCGUUAAAGAAGAACCAUCUUCUCCACCACCUCCACCAAGUGAUGGACCGUCACCACCACCGCCAAGUGACGAACCUAUCGUUAAAGAUCCAUCUUCUCCCCCACCACCACCAAGCGGCGAACCAUCUCCACCAAGUGACGAACCUAUCGUUAGAGAGGAUCCAUCUUCACCGCCACCACCACCAAGCGGCGAGCCAUCCCCGCCAAGUGACGAACCAAUCGUUAAAGAAGAUCCAUCUUCUCCCCCACCACCACCAAGCGGCGAGCCAUCCCCACCUAGUGACGGACCAUCCCCACCACCACCAACUGAUGAGCCUGUAUUAGCUCCAGAAAGUCAUGCCUGGUUUAAAUCUGUAAAAGGUUUCUUCCAUCUGUAAUUAGUGUAAUGUUAAUGUAUAAUGGAUAUUUUUAUAGAUACAUAAUAUAUUUUAUUAUGAGCCCACA